AUUAUUACGAAUCUUAUGUGAUCUUAUAUUCAGUCCAAAUCAAUCUAUUGGAGGAUGAACCCAACAUACAUGAAAUAUCCUGUAUUCAGAGAAAAAAAAACUUCACGGUAUAAGACAAUGUCUUCUUUUUUUAUGUAGUCAGGAAUACCUGUAAUUCUAAUCCUUGGACCAAUUGUCUUGACUUCACGAAUAUCAUAUUGGUCAGACAAGUUAUUCAUGGUGAUUUGCUUAAAGUUGCUAGAACUGUCAGAUUGCAGGAGCACACCAACAUCUCUUAGAUUUUUUACUUUCACGACAUUGAUGUCCGUAAGAGGAUUAACAUUUUUAAAACGUCUGAUUUAGUUUUAGCAAUGGACUAAAAGAACAAACGAUUCAUUUAUUAAAAAAUUUACGGGUAUUUCAAUUAAAAAUAAAAGCCCAUGAAAGUUACAGACCUUGUUUCGAGUAAAAAACACCUGUAUGUUUGUGGUAAAUUCCUUGAAGAAGCAACAGGUUUUUGAUGCCAAUAUGAGCAAAUAAUAUUAGGAAUAAUCAAGUUAUUAACGUGAAGCAAGAAUCAAUAAUUGACUGUAAAAAUAAACUAGUUAGAAUUUAGACUACAAAAACAUUUGCCUCUUAAAUGUAAAGCGCAUUAUUUUAAAACUCUCGUGUGGUCACUCCUUUCGCUAUGCUAGUCUGGAUUUUCACUCUUUGUGUGAUUUUUAUCAUCACUUCGACUCUUUGGAAGAAACGAUGGUUGUUGUAUCACGCUUGGAAAAUUCCUGGACCAUUCUCAGUGCCACUCGUCGGAAGUGCGUUCCUGUUAUCUGCAACAAAAGAUAAUUUUUUUGAACUAGUUUGUCGAUAUCUGGAUUCAUACGGACCAGUUGCCAAAGCAUGGGCAGGCUCACAGUUAUACAUAGGUACCACGAAACCGGAAGAUGUAGAAAAAAUAUUGACAAGUUCUCUAAACAAGUCACCUUUCUACGACAAUUUUAACGAUGGAAUGAAAGACAGUCUGCUGACAUCAAAAAUCAGUAUCUGGAAAGAACAUCGAAAAAUGAUCAAUCCCUCUUUUAAUAUGAAGAUUUUAAAUUCGUUUCAUGAUAUAUUUGUCAAGCAUUCAAGCGAGAUGGUGCAGUUUUUGGUUGACAAUGAAGGUAGAGAGCAAACGGAUCUCCUUGAAGUCAUUUGGAACAAAACCCUGGAUGUUGCUUUAGAAACUUUAACAAGUGUAAAGCCGUCUGCAAUUAAGGAACGACGAUGUGUUAUUGAAGUCACUGUGAAAUUCGAGGAAAUACUUAUACAGAGAUUUCAUACAUUUUGGCUUCUCAUCGAUUUCUUUUGGAAAUUGUCUAACUUACACAAAGAGCAUAAAAUGGUUUGUCAAACUGGUCGCGGACUUGCCGAAAACUUAAUGGCAGAAGAAUACAAAUCAUAUGAAUCCAAAGGUAGAAAUGAUGACGCAAUUCAAAGUAACCGAUUUCUACCUAAUUUGACUAAAUUAAGUCAAACGAAGCAGAUCACCCGUGAAGAAAUUUUGGAAGAAACGAUUUUUAUGAUGAUGGCGGCAAGCGAAACGUCAGCAAUCACAAUAAACACGAUUUUAACGAUUUUAGGAAUCUACACAGACAUUCAGGAAAGACUUUACGACGAACUCGUCCUAGUUCUGCCAAAUAACGAGAACAGUCCAACUCGGGAACAGAUCAAUAGUCUAGAUUAUUUAGAACGCGUUGUUAAAGAAGCUUUGAGACUAGUACCCACAGCUCCUUUCAUUGUGCGGUAUGCUGACGAAGACAUUAAAUGCGAUCCUUAUGUUUUCCCUGCCGGUUCUAACCUCGCCGUUCCUGUAGUGCUACUACACAGAGAUCCGGACGUGUGGCCUGAUCCAGAAAAAUUUGAUCCGGAUCGGUUUCUUCCUGAUGAAGUUGCAAAAAGACAUCGUUGUUCGUACAUUCCUUUCAGUUUUGGUGCCAGAAACUGUAUAGGUUUCAAAUUUGGAAUGAUGCUGGUAAAAAUAAUGGUUGCGACGAUUCUGAGGAACUUCAAAGUACGAACUGUCGGUAUGAAAUCAUGGAAGGACAUCCAGUGGAAAUAUAUGGUUAUGCUGAAGGCUAAAAACAGUCGCUUACGUUUCGAAAAAAGAAAAUUUUGACUAUACGCAUUUUUCCAAAAUGUAUGUAAUGUAUGGGUAGGUUUGUAAGUAUAUUAGAACAUAGACACGAAUGGUUGUUGUCCUUUGAAGUUAUAUGAUUAAUU